AUGAAGGAUAAAUCAAUGAUGCAGUAUCUCUCCGAGAUUAAGAGCAAAGUAGACGUUAUUGGUUCUGCUGGAGCACCGUUGUCUUCGGAUGACAUUAUCAUGUACACAUUGAACGGUCUGCCGCCUGCUUACCAAGGCUUCAAAACGGCAAUACAGACGAACUUGAAUCCAAUUAGCUUGGAUGAUUUCUACUCACUACUAUGUUGUGAAGAACUUAAUUUGGUCGCUGACUCUCUUCGGGAUUUAUCAGUUUCAUCCCCUUCUCCUGAGGCUAUUCCGGCAUUUACAGCUCAACGAGGAAGAGGUCGUGGUCGUGGUUACCGCGGUCACUCCUCUUCUCGUCCUCCUCGUGGACGUUCGCCAUCUGGUCGCGGUUCAACUUCAACACAGAACGCAGAACGGAAGCGCCGGAGAGAGAAGAGGUCGCCGGACUUGGAGAAGACGAACUCACUAGAAGACAAAAGGAAAAGGAUUUAUUUCAUUGGUCACAUUACAGCAGAAUACAGGUGCCUAUAA